CCGUCCGUUAGUUCAGUUUCGUCGGUCGACCUGCGAUGCCGGUUGGUUCCGUGAGUUUUUCCGAGCCCCAGUUCGUUCAGGUGUUCAUCAGUAAUGUUUGUGCCUAAGCUUAAUUUGAAUAAUCGGUUCAUAGAGCAACGUGAGCAUCGACCGUUGAGGAAGACCUCUGGCAGAUGCAGUUGCACAAUACAGCACUGUAAAGUUCAGUUACUUUUUAAUUGAUAGUUGUGCUUUAUUGGUGGAUAGUAAUUUAAGGGCAGAUGGUGUUGUUAGUACGUUGAAAAAUUGUUAAGCCGAAGAUCGUAUCUGUUGGCGUCUGUGAUUUAAACUAAGUUCCACACAUUAAAUGAAUAGCGUGACGUGAUCUGGAUGCUUUUUGAUGUGUAUAGUUGAUUUUAUGAAACAUGGCCUGUUGAUGAGCCGAGGAAAAGGCAGCAAAACCAACGAAUGUGAAUAUAUAGCGAAUGAGUGAGUGAAUCUCUGUGCUGAACGUCUAGUAGUGGUGCAAACGAAGCUCCAUUGGCCGCAGCACCAACAGCAACAGAAGCUGUAGUAGCGGUUUUGGUCAUCGUCCGUCGUCACCGUUCAGUACACACGAUGCAAAAAUGCCUUUCGUGCAACGUGUUGUGACCCCGAAGUAUGUUGCACGGUCGAUCAAACCGUCACAUUCACGUGGAACCGCUGCGCUACCGGUUCAAGAUUAUGAACUGGAAGCAAUCACCAACCUAACGCUGAGCAAUGCCCUCCGCCAGCUGGCUUCGCUGGUACUCAUCUCGAACCAGAUCUUCACCGAACUCAACAAGGAACUGGCUAGUGUUAGUGAACGAUCACUUGGGAUAAAACAGCGAAUCGACAAUCUUUCAAAGCGAGUGGAGGAAUUUGACCCAAAGCAAGUCGCAGUCCCCGAAAGCGAUCUGGUAACAUUCGCUCAAAUAAAAAACCACUACAGUACAAAGCACGGAAUUGAUACCUGCCUAUUCACUGCCGAAACUCGCUCGGAAACGCUGCAGGAAUUGUACGAUGCGGCGGCUAAAACACCGGUGUCGGCUAUUGCCGAAAUGGACCGUAUCGCCGGUUACAGCGAAUCCGAACGUCGCAGCUCGGAUGCAUUCCUCUGUACACCGGUGCUGGGUCAGACGCGACGGAAACUCCGAGCCAAGGUCGACAUGGAAAUCGAAACGAGAUUGCCUUCCGCGGUUGAGGACUUAAGAAAAUGGACCUCGUUUGAAGCAAUCGGUGAUAUAACAGUUCCUCCGGAUUGUACCGUACGAUUGACAGGCAAUGGUUCUCUGAUUUUGGGGAAUGCUUCCCAAAAUGCUUCUCCGUCCUAUCAGGCUGGCACGAGCACUUCAUUCGACGAAACCGAUGACAUCAUCAUGGUGGAUAGCAGUUCAAGAUUGGUUCGAGAACAGGACACACCACUGGACCAUAGGUUACCUUCACCGGAGGAACAGUGCCAGAUGAUUGCACUCAAAUUUCCCGCCGAAACCAUCAAAGUGGACACCUCCGGCCGUGGUUUCGAUAGGAUGUGUGCCACCAGGAAAUCGUUACUACAUUUCGUGUCAACGUCCGAACAGGCUGAAGCCAGUGCUGGCGGUCAGCCAGAUGGAAGCGACGGUGACACAAUACGACGACGGUCUAGACCGCGACGAUCGAGAGGGAAACGAAGAAAUACGAUCGCUGGAACGGACCAGAAGGAAAUUGCGGAAGUGGUUAACAAUGGGGACGAAGUCACUACCUCCUCUACUGUCACUACUAACCUGGUGCCUCGUAGCAAAUCAAGCGACAUACUCAAGAAAGAUUCUCCAACGACAUCCUCUGCAGACAACACAUCCAAACACACUACCAAAUUAUCACACUUUAAUUCCCUCAAACAGUGGGGCCGCAACCGACUACGGAUGAUUAACCGCGACUCAAAAGACAAAGUACAAGAUAUUGAUGACUUCAAUAUCUCUGAUACGACCAGAAACAGCAAACGCAAAAUCUCUGACAAAGAUACAAAACUUUCGCACGAACGAAAGCCUUCCUACUCUUCGUCAGAGAGAAGUAUAACUGUCGCUUCCGGCACCAGCGCCACCACUAGCAUGCCCGCUUCAAUUAACCCUGUAAAGCUGCGUGAGUCCUCUUCCAUCCGAAGACAGCGCCGUACCGCGCUUGGUAACAAGGAUGAACCCCAUUCAUCCAGUGGAAAUUGGAGUGCUAGCUCCGAAUCAGGGAGAACAUCGAUUGGUAGUGAGAUAACUACCACUACUCAUCCGAAAUCAAGUGCCUCUAGUACAUCACUGAACCACAAUCAUCACACAAUCUCCAGCGGGCCUCCUAGUUCCAUCAUAAGCCGGCGUAGAUUUCUCAAUACUUCUGCUUCUAGCAGUGUUACAAGUGAAGGUACAGCUACACCGGAUUUACAAAUGUACGACUAUCACGACGAGGGUGGUGAAACCAGUUCGGUCUACUCGUGUGACACCGAAGGCUACUAUACAUCCUUCCAUGUUGAUUCGGGCUUGAAAACUCUGAAAGAAGAGGAACCUGUAACUCCGAUGCACUCGACAACUGCCUUGUCGAGUACGACUUCGUUCGAGAGCUCUGGUAAUCAAACGGUAAUUUCUCCGGAAAAUGAAUAUGAGCUAUUUGGACGAGGUUCCACAUCAACGACAACCAGUUCUGCGGGAACGAUAUGUACAGUACUGGCCGAUGGUCAUCGUAAUUCCUUGAUCGGCCCGACUGUGCCGGAACGGAAGAGCUCACUCACGAAGCUCAAUCGCAGUAACAGCUCGGCGAGUAAUGGAACACUAGAACGUAGCUAUUCGAGUAGCACCGUCGGAAGUACGCUGGAGAGAACCGGCACUAUUAAGCGUAAUGGCCAUCUACUGCAGAAAGAAGUAGCUGCCUUGAUUCACAAGGAAGAGGAAAGCAAGAAAAACAGAAUUGAGUCACCCGAUAGUGGUAAUAAUACGAGCUCGUCUCCGAUUGAAUCGAAUGCUAAUUCAAGCCCAACACAACGAGUGAGAAGUUGUUCUGAAUUCGAGUAUUCCGAAUCAUCGGAUCUCGAGUGCGUUGACCGAAUUGAAAGAAUUCGAGAAAAGACCACAAUCAACACUAGUAGAAUACCGUCGAUGUGCAUCAUUACGCCCACAAACAGCGACGAUGAAAACGGUUCCUUGAAACGAAAGAAGGAGAAACCAAACGAAACGGUGCAAAACGAAUCGGUAGAAUCUAAAAAGGACUCUAGCAGUGUAAGAAAAAAUGCUUUGCAGCCGUUAAACAGCAUGUUUGGCAGGUUGAAGGGGGUGCUGAAAAAAUCACCCAGCAAGGAUUCCUCAAUGUCGGAUAAUGUAAACAACAGCGCCGAACCUGUUUACGACGUAACUGGAGAAUACGUUCGUAUUGCCGACGUGAAAAUUGCCAAGAAAACUCACCACAUCAGUGGUGUUUACUAUUCAAACGAUGUGGUAAAACGCAAUUUGGCCACGGUUCUCUCGGGAAAUCUCAACGAGGAAACCGAAUACGUAUCUUUGAAUGAAUUACCGUGCAAUAUACGCUGCGAGAGCAAUGUUCUCUCUGCCGAAAAUAAAAACACCCCUCCUCGAGGAAGCGGAAAAGCAAACUCUUCUGUUACGGAAGGGGAAGCGGUCACUGCCGGAGAGAGUGCCGAACAUGCUUCGAAGAGGGGUGCCCGCGUGAAACUGGAUGCGCACGGCAAGGUUAUCUACAGUUCGGACAGUCUGAAGAGGAGAAAAGGUGCGCACACGACCUUCGCGCCGGGUCCAUUUGUGAAAGACGUAAAUACAAUACCAGCACCGACGACAAACAUUCCUACUACAAAUACUACAACUCAGGCAGCAUCACCAGCAGCAUCUGCAGAAAAUGCCAAAAACGUUGUUGUUGCAUCUCCAUUGCUAAGUGGUGGUCUAGCGAACAGGAAACCAAUAGUAGUGAAACCAGUGAUAUCGCAAUCUGCAUUGAAAACAAAAGCAAUCGUCAACACCAACAGUAACAGUAAUAAUAACAGCAAUAGUGUGGCAUCCUUGCGUAUGGCUCCCAUAGCCACUAUCCAUCCAAACAACAGUACCGCACAGGAAGUAGAUAAAUCAUCCGCAGCGUCACACAUCAUGUCCUCCGGUGUUCUGAAGGGUGCUUACGUUAAUGUACAGGAAGCAAAAUCACCGUCUGCGAAACCGCAAUCAAUUCACUAUAUGGAACCAACAACCAUACAGCACCAGCAACCAGAUUAUCUACAUUCAUCCCCUGAUGAGUAUGUUCAACUUUAUGGACCUCAUCCACAUACAUACACACUUCCCAGGCGUUCUUUGGUGCAGCAAUCGCUGGAACGCCCCAUGUGUAAUAUCAUGCCGGCAGGAGUUGCAAUGCCAUCAAGGUCAAACUACGGUUACGGGCCCCCAAUGAGCAAUAAUGCUAGUCCAUUCCAACGGAAUAACGACGUCUACUGGACGCUACAAACUCGUCGCAGACCAAAUCCAAUGGGUUCGGUAGGAAUGCGGGAUGACUCGAAACUAAUUCAACCAACUGCUAGGCCAAUCGAAGAACUAUAUUCUACGCCGAACAAAAUAAAAUCAAAUGAGCUUAAGACAACUCCUACUGGAUUUGCGACAUACUUCUCACCAAUCGCUAAAAGUAACAUAGGAACCGAAUUGAGCGAUGACGUUGACAGUAGUUUUAAGAUUUCUCCGAUCGAUCCUAGAAAUACAGCUACUUUCAAAACAUCAACACCAUCAAAACCACAUGAAACAUCACUGUCACCGACAAGGUCACUUACCGAAGAGCUUCGAUAUAAAUUGAGACUGCAACAAGUAGGCGUCCGCUCACAUGGAAACUCACCGGUGAGCUCCGGUCGUUCAACACCAAAAAAUGUUCUCGAAGCGCAAGCACCUCGUGGCAGGCAUAGCUGGGCUUCCAACAGUACUGACAUUGCGCAAACAUGCUCGGAUAGACUAGGGACACCAAAAACAAGCCUUAUGGAUUUCAAAAAGCUUCUUCUUGCUCACGGAUCCAAAUCCAACCUUACUUCCGGGGGCAAAAUGUCUGCUGUUGAAUUACUCAAAAAAUCAAAGAGUUCAAGCGCAGCUCAGCCAGUCUCUCCAGUUACGAAGACGUCUGCCAAUAACAGUUUGAAUAUUUUGGAUUUAUCUGGAUCUCCAAAAACAUUCGCCACAAGGCGUAUGAUUCGUCAAGGAAACUUUGGAAACGGAUCUCCAUCAAAAAUCGGCAACGGAUCCAAACUUUCAUCCAGGGGUGGUUGGCGGUACAGCAAUGUGCGGAGUGAGGUUAUGUCCACUGCAAUCCCCGAAGCAAACAGCGAAGAAGAUAAUUCUAGUCCAUGUAAUUCCGCUUCCGUGAGUCGAUCACAAUCGCAAAGCCGCAAUGUAACUCCCACGGCAACAAUCAACGAGGUAAAGUCCUCACCUAAGUCUGCGGAACAUGAAGUUAUUGAAGAAAAAAUGUCCAACAUUCGGGAUAACAUAUUCUUGCAAGAGGAUGAAAACAACUUUAUGAAGGGAGAAGUGGCCACCUCCCGUCCGCAAAAGACCACAUCGCCAGCAACGACACGUGCUCAAUUGCAGGCCCAAAGGGCAAUGUUUUUAAGUAAUAACAAUCAUAUCAAAUCCGCGACCUUCAAGGAUGGCCACUAUAUGGGAAUUAGCAGUUUUUCCACCACUCCACCGAAAAUCAACGAAGUCAAUUAUAAUAAUGACUUAACCACUACGAAAGAUGAUCACCAACAGAAAAUGGCAGCUCCGUCUUUGGAAACGGCUCUCUGAACUGUCCGCUAUUGCCAAAAUUCGAAAAUUCCGCAGGAUCAAUUAACAGACCAACUUUUACCGGCUAUAUCCAGAUAUGCAAUGUGAAGAUUUCUUACAAAAGUAUUACUAUUGGAUCCAAAUUAUAUUCAUUAAAAUUAACUAAAUUAUUCAUACAAGCUAGUCCGGAGACAAUUAUGAAUGAAGACUUCACAAAAUGACCGAUUUUCAACAAAACGUAGGUAAAUUCACAGUUAUAGUCAUAGUUUCGCUAAUUUAUAUGUUAAUCACUUUUAAAAUGUAUGUGUCUUUCAAACUGUCAUCAAAAGUAUAGUUUUAGUGGAACUUGUUUGAUUUUUCUUUCCAAAGAAAUAAUUAGCUUCACGAUUUAUGCCUUUUCGAUGAGUGUCAAUAAAUAAAAAGUGUACUAAACAUAACCAACGCAGUGAUUUCGCUCAUCCAAGUUUCAAUGCCUGUAUUCAAUAAGGAUAUGACUCGCCUUUUUGUUAAACAUUUAUUUAUAUCCUAUUUAUUCCAUUAAUUAUUCGAUAAUUAUUUACAUACAAAUGCAUAAUGAAAGACAGCAGACGUGAAACAUGUAUUGAAAUAGAAAAGGAAUCAUUUAAUAUAUUAUCAACAUUAAUACUUUAUAUUUAUAUCUACGAGACAACUAAAUAUUAUUACAGCGUAGUGAAAGAAGAAAACUAGAUUUCUAUAAAAGCGUGUUAAUAAGUCUAAAUAGAAACGUGUACACCAGAGAGGCAAUUUUUAUCCGAGAAGGCUAAAAUAUAGGCUAUUCAUAAUAAUCCGAUUGAUCACGACUGACCAGCAGUUCCGAAGUUAAGCUAUCGAAUUUCGUCCUUAUGUAGAUUUAAUGUUUUUGGUUCGGUAAAAUUAGUAAAAAGAUACAUUGAUAGGUCUUAUUUUACUUGCGUUGCGGACAUUUAUCAUUUUCACUAUUUAUGCUCAGAUUGUUUCCCUAUUUCUAGAUAACUGCAUUUCAUAUUAUCUUAAUUAAUUCAUGAUAUUCCAUGGAUAUGAGACAAAACGUUUUGUUAUAAGGUGGCUUGAAAUGUGCUUUAUACAUCCGAAAGAAAAAUACAAUAAACGAAAAAUUCAAAUCGACAAA